CAAGUGAAAGGAUAUGGUUUAAAGUUUAAACAUAUAGAAGCCACACAAAAACUGAAGAACCAGCAGCAGAUGGAGGGAUUACAACAAGUAGGACUUCCGGUGCUCGGAAUCGUAGCCGCAGCCGCGGUCACCUUCUAUGUCGUCAGCUUCUCCGAGCUCCGAGAGAAAUCAAUGAAUAGAGACUGGGACGAAGACGAUGAAACCGGAGGGUUUAAAACGUCUUUAAGCUCAAGAGAAAGGAGAGCUAGAAGAAAAGCCCAAAAACAGAGUAAUAAUAAACCAUAGAUUUUUAUUCUUUCUGUUUUUGUAAUUUUCAAAUUUUGUUUCCGUUGUUAUCAAACUUGUUGAAUUUCUACUCCAGUAUAAUAAAAUGUUCAAAUGGUGUUAUCUGAUCA